AUGGACGGUGCAUCGCUCGUUCAGACGCCGGACGGCACGCGCGACAAGUACAUUGGCCUCGCGCUGGCCAUCUCGAGUUCGAUCGCCAUUGGCACAUCAUUGUCAGUACAUACAGCGCAGCGCAGUGCCCACUGUCAUCCAUCAACACACCCUCGACUCACACCAUUGGUUGCCCCCAAUGUCUCCACCAGCAUCAUCACCAAAAAGGUACACGACCCACACUCCGAUCGCCGCUCGACUUCGGACUGCGCAGCUCGGCGACCACCCUCACUGACGCGUCGCUUCUCGGACAUUGAUCUGCCUCACCCCAACCCACAGGGUCUCAUCAGCGCCGCAGAUCGACACGAUGGUCUGUCGAGCUCGGCGACCUACUCGUAUCUCAAAAAUGGCCUCUGGUGGGCCGGUAUGAUCACCAGUCAGUUUCAGUCCACUGUCCGAGUUUUCUUCGUCCUCCACCAGGGCCACGAGCUGCCUGACGUUGUACUAGACGACAGUAUUCACACCUCCUCGACUUGUCCCUCCACAGUGGUCGCAGGAGAAGUAGCCAACUUUGCGGCGUACUGCUUUGCGCCUCCCAUCUUGGUCACGCCUCUCGGAGCCGGCUCCGUUCUCGUUGGGUAGGCCGGCCGCGCUCACUUUGCGGUCUGAACGCUCCGAGUACUGAACUGACGCGCUCAAUACUCCUCCCACAGUGCCGUCCUUGCAUCCUUCUUCCUCGGCGAACAACUCGGUCGGAUAGGCAUUUCGGGCUGCUCGCUCUGUCUCGUCGGCAGUCUCAUCAUCGUGCUCCAUGCGCCCGAGGACAAGGCGAUCGAGACCGUUGACGAGGUGCUUGCUUAUGCACUUCAACCAGGUCAGUUGCUCAACAUGUCAGACAGACACCCAGUCGAGUCACUGACGUUCUGUCGCGAGGAGGACCACAGGCUUCCUCUUUUACUGCUUCUUCGUCAUCGUCUUCUCCGUCUACAUGAUCUACCGCGUCGCGCCCGUGUCCGGGUCCAGCAACCCGCUCGUGUACAUCUCCAUCUGCUCGCUCGUCGGAUCCGUCAGCGUCAUGGCCGUCAAGGGUUUCGGCGUUGCGCUCAAGUUGACCAUCGCGGGCAACAACCAAUUGUGGCGACCGGGGACAUGGGUCUUUGCUAUCACCGUCGUCGGCUGCAUCGCCGUUCAGAUGAACUACUUCAAUAAGGUGGGGGUCGACUGAUUUGUAGAAGAGUGGCAAGGUGCUCUCCGCUAACUUUCUUAAGCGCUCGACUCUGCAUCCAGGCGUUGGAUCUCUUCCCAACGACGGUCGUGAACCCGAGUUACUUUGUUGGUUUCUCGACCUCGACCUUGAUCGCUUCCAUCAUCCUCUUUCAUGGCCUUAACACCUCGGGAGGAAAGGACACACUCUCCCUUCUCUGUGGUCUCUACGUCAUUUCCCUGGGCGUCUAUCUCCUCGUGAGUUUCCGGAUCGCUUCACCUGCCCAACACAAACUUUCGACGGCUAAUCCCUUGGGACUGGCCACUCGCAGAACCUUUCGCGAUCCGAGAAUGAAAACUCGUCGGGAGGCUUGACGCGCUUGAAUCGCUACUCGCACUCGAUGCUCGACAACGGCAUCCUCGGCCGCACCUCGCUUGCUUCGAACCGUUACUCGAUGAACAGUGAGGUCGACGGUAACCCCGACGCAAGGAAGAGCACGAACUUCUUCCGUGGUGGCGGAGCCGUCGUCGGUGGGGUCGAGCCGAUGAACCAUGCGAAUGAUCUACAUUUGCCUAUGGAGGAGUUCGAGGAGGACUUUGAAGAGGAUGAUGGGGAUGAUGGGCAGGGGACGACGUAUCCGCACAAGGGGAAGGCUUUGAAUGGGACUCGGUGA